CGUCACUGCCAUACAGAAGACGACAAUAGCUAGCUGGCACGUUCGAUACAAACGUCGAGUUAAUGUGUAGCAUGUCGGAAUACUAGUAAAUCGGUUCAUAAACGGUACAAUAAAUUAUGAAAGGGUCUAGCUCCCGAAUCAAGAUGUGGAACACGGUUUCAUCGUUAGUAUUAGUCCUUGUUCUAGCAGGAUUAGAAUCAGUAAAUUCAGCAAGUACACAAUCUUCUACAAGAACGUACCUCAAUGAAAGUACAGUCAAACCAACUAAAGCGAGCUCAGCAAGUCCAGCCAAUCGGAAGACCAUAAUUUACGGCAAUGAAGACUGCACACUUGUCACCAACAGUCAGUCGGGUUUGCAAAAAUUAGACGAAUAUCUCCACAACGAAGAUGUGAAACUCAUUCGGUAUAUAUUUACCAUAGAUAACACGACUACUCCACUCAAUAUGACCUCUAUCAAACAGUAUCGCCCAAUGAUUUGGACCAGGACGUUUUCCGCCCAGGGUCUCGGGGUGCUCCAACUAGGAGAUAUGUACAGCGUGUACUCGUUUCGCCUUCUUGACAUCGGCAUUGAAACUCUUGAAAUAAACUUAUCCCAACAACCAGCUGAUUGUUUGCAGGGAAAAUCAGCGGAGGAUUUUGAGCAGAUGCUUCGUCUCGCUGUCCUCAGUGAACUUCAGACGCCCAGCCUUGCCAGCGAUGGUGACUUCAAAGUCUUUAAUGACUCUCAAAACAUUUGCAAUCAGCAUGCCCUCACGGACCAAGGGAUGUUAAACGUUUCUUACUAUUGUUGCACAUUGGACAAAGACAAACAACUUGUAUGCAGAUACCUUACCUUCACUACCGUCUGGAUGAAGGUUAUAUUCUGGGCAGCGAUGAUUUUGCCUGCAAUAGUAGUUCUAUUUUUACCGAACUAUCUACCAAAGUCAAUGUUGGUCUCGAAGACAGGUGUUGCAUCGUUUACGUAUAGACUUAGUGGCUUUAAAAUAUUACGUGUAACUCGUAUCGAAUCAAUUGAUCAAAUUGAUCGGGGCCAAGCACAUGAAAUCAUAGAUAUUGAUAGGAUAAAACACAUGGAGCAAUUUUUUGAAAAAGUUUCAGUCCUUGCAGUAAAUACCACAUCUUCUCUAUAUUUGCAAGAUAUCAGAUUUUUGGUUCCAAAUGAAUGUGUUUUAACGAAAGAGGAUAUGGGUUUGUAUAAUGUUUUCAGAAGAAUGAUAUUUAACUGCGGAGUGCGUAACACAAAGUGGUACAGGUUACUUAAAGUGUUGGUGAAACUCCUGUUUGCUGUUUUGGUAUUCGCUCCAGUACUUGUACGUGUUGCGGUUUUUUACGUUUUCGAAUACGAUGAAGCAAGCGCACUAGAAGAAUCUGCAAAGGAACAUUCCGAGGUGGUUGUUAUUCAGAAUGGGUUAACAGUGAAUAUACCACCCUUUCACCCGGAUACACCAGACUGGGACUCGCUGCUUGAAGACCCCUAUUUUAAGGCUACGGUGAACAGCGUAUUGGACAGUUAUAAGGAGAGCUGGCAUAUAGAUGAUAUAUCAGUUGUCGAUCAUCCUCCCCCGAAUGAUAAUGAUGUUUUAAUUCCAAUAACCGGUACAAAACCAGACACUAACGCAACGCUACUCUACAUCUUGGACAUAGAAAACCCAGAUAUAACGGAUCGAAAUAGUGAAAAUGGCAGCGUAAAAUGCACUUGUUGCGAAUCAAGAGUUUUGCUUCAAAUGCCGCCUAUAGGCAUAUUUUUGAAGGAUAUAAAGAAAGAAUUUAAAGACAAGUUACAACGAUAA